CAAGCUUCCCUCUGCGAGUUGAAAUGAGUUUGUGAAAGAAUUUUGCCCCACCAACCACUCAAAACGAACUGAACCGGCAUUGGCAGUAAUUCCGAUCCAGUCUCAAUACCCGCGCGAAACCUUGGAACGGGCUUCCCCCUAUGAAUGGCGAGUUCGACGCCCGCUCUGGACCGCCGGCUGCCUCCCCAUGUGUCCCCAAGCCAAGCUACCAGUCAAGCUACCAGCGCGGUGACAGCUCUCCAAGGAGCGACAGCGGCUUUUAAUGCAAGGUCCGCGAACAGACAUCCUCCUGUUGUCAGCCACCGAUCUGGCCCGCCCAGGGGAUCUGUCACCAUGAACUAUCAUGCCUCUGAUAGGGCCUCUCUUCGCAGCAACCAGUCCCCAGAGACCCCCGAAUCGGGUUCGGUCAAGGACAAAAUCGGCAAAUUCAGCGCAUAUGGCCACCCUAGUGACACCAGGGAUUCAUCCCACCUUGUAUUGGGGAAUGUAGGGGCCUUGAGACCACGUACCCCGCAGCGGAUUGCCGCACAGCUCGCGGCGGGGAGGACCACGCCUGGCAAGAAACCGCCUCCCACCCCAAGCAGCAGCAGCGCCAGCAUUAAUCUUCCAAUGAGACCUGGUGGAGAGCGGGACAGACCACAGCUUCUGGCACCCAAGCCUGUGUGGGCCACAGCGGCGAGCAAGGCUUCGUUCGACAAGAUCUUAAGAGACGAGCAGGACCCUCGGCUCGGAAACAAGCAAGUUGAGCGAAAGCCCGUCAGGCCGGGCUCUGCUGUGUCCGAUUUUGCGCAGCUGGCUGCGACAAAAUCUCGACCACCGCCAGUGCCUCGAAAGCCUUGUCUCAACCCGCCUGGAAUCAACGCCCCUUCAGGAUCAGAGAAGCCCAAAGAUCUUCCUAGCUCGCGUCCGUCACUACCUUCAAGGGAUUCUAGCAAGACCAACGAACAGGCACCUUUAUUACCCCCGCGGCCGAGUGAAACGUCAUCUUUGAAGUCAGACCUCGCAAGCCAUCGAGUUCUCCUCAGCAGUAGUGAUGCCCGAGCGCGGCCGUCAAGUCCGAGCUCCGCGUCCCUCUAUGCUAAGUCUGUGACCAAUAGUACUCCAAGCCUGCUUGAUAGUACCUCGGGACUGAGCGAAGGAGUCCUUUCAGAUGCCAUCGUAGCAUCAUCAUUGGCUUCCACACGAGCUUCACAACAGAGGAAAACCUCCCCUCCCCCUCCACCACCCCGGCGCCGACCUCGGUCACGUUCCAUCGUACAUCUGGGACACACUAAGAAACACGACCAUCUACAAUCAUCCAGUCCCCCUACUGUGUUACGGCAGACGCUUCGACAACCUAGCAGCUCGGACGAGGAAGAGGGAUAUCGUCAACACAAGCACUUAAUUCGCAAACACCCGCACAAACACCAUGAAGGUGACCGAAAGCGGUGGCGGAGCGAAGUAAGUGAGAAAGAGCGGAAAAAGUACGAAGGCGUCUGGGCGGCAAACAAAGGAUUGCUUGUUCCUUCCCCGUCACAGAUCCCCCCUGGCUUGCUGCCCCGCGAUGCAUCCGAGAUGGUAGUCAACCUUGUGGUCCGAGACAUUUGGUCUCGGAGCGAUCUCCCACAGCAUGUCCUGGAGCAAAUCUGGAACCUAGUCGAUAGGCAGAAGAACGGACUUUUGGACCGCGAAGAAUUUGUGGUGGGGAUGUGGUUGAUCGACCAACAGCUAAAGGGGCAUAAGCUCCCCGUGCGGGUUCCUGACAGCGUCUGGUACAGUGUGAAGCGGAUCUCAGGGAUAAAGAUCCAUGCUCUUCCGCCGUCCUGAAACUGAGCUAUAGAGAGCUUGCAUUCGACCAGUACUAUCUGGUUGCAACCCGGGCUAUAUAGCGAAAUAAAUCUUGGUUCUAUAAUGCGUUU